AUGCCGGCAAUUCUCUGGUUCUCAAGUGCUGGGAUAUUCUGCAUGCCUAUUUCCUCUCAAGUGCCCGUCCAGCACAGUUCGAAAGGAGCCAGCAGUGCAGAAAUCACGACGGAGAUCAAGGAUGCGAUCAAAAAAUUGGAUGAGGAGAUCCAGCAAGAGAUGAAUAAACAGGAACAGUGGAAAAUCGACGACGAUGACGAGCCGGUUCUGCCAUCCGAUGGUGAAGAUGAGACAGACUCAUCUAAAAAGAAAGAGAUCUUCUUGACUGACACUGGAUUUCCUAUGCCAACCAUGACGAAGCGCGGAGCCUACCACACAUGGGUGAUGGAAAGAUAA